AUGGGAAAGAACAUUCGCACAACUGCCAUCUCCGUUCAGAAUAAUCCUCCAGGAUGUAUGUGGAGCAUACUUAAUAUACUUACAUACCACCACUGGCGUUAUAUCAAGAAAAGACUACCGCAUAAGAGGCAAGGUAGUAGAAGAAAUGCCGGGAGCAGAGAUCCUGGGAAGAGUAUAAUAUCCUCUGUUCCUGAUGAUUUCCAAGCUCACAGCCAUUCUGAAAUAGUGAAGUCUAUUGUGGAAAAGCCUUCAAGGAAACUCAUUCCAACAGCCAAAAAUUCUGUCAAAGCUCGAAUUAAAGCUUUAAUUACUGAAGAGAAGAUUAAAAAGAAGGGCCGGCAUCAUCGAAGUUCAACCUACCCUGUUCAGAAGUUGAUGCGAAUCGAUUCCAUUCAUCGUUUAGAAUCUUUGGAGCAUGAUCCCCUACUUGAAAUAGCACUAAAUAAUGGAAGUAACACAGAUAUUGACGAGAACAAUGAUGCGUCUUCUGCUUUCAGCUCACAGGAUCCUCUUUUGCUCAAAUCAUCUGAGGAAUUAUGUAGCAGGAACAAGGCAAAUGAAGAAUGUGGCACCAUGCUCCCUGCAAAUGACUUAGGGAGUAAUAAAGUUCAUGACAAUGGGAUGGACCAGAAAUUGAUUCGCACAAAAGAACUCUUAAUGGAUGAGUCAAUGAGUCAGUUAAAAACCUUCCUGGAUGCAUUGGAUUUAAUACACACCAACAAAGAAUUAUUGUUAAGAAUUUUACUGGACCCAGGAUCAUCAUUGAGGAAUGAUCAUCUCUACAGUCAAAAGGGAUUUAGUUCAGAGAUGGGAUUUACUAAAUCGAGAUCAUUUCCUGCAAUUGAUUCAAGAGGUAGAAUAAGUUCCAGAUCAAGCACACUAAAACAAAGGGAAGAAGAUAGUAAAUCUCACAGAAAAGGGGAAAGGAAAUUGCAUGUAGGUGGUCAAGGAAGAAAGUCAGGUGAGUAUGAUUCUACAGAAGAUAGGGAGAAACAAUCAAUGGAACUGAUGGAUUCAGACCGUAGGACAGACAGCAUUCUUGAAAUCGUCCCAGAAAUUUCUAAUAGUUCUUCAGAUUCUAAUCACCAUCUGAAAAACCACGGAGAAAUUCAAGGGGUAGUUAAGCGAUUCAAAGAUCUUAAACAGAAGAUAAGACAUGCAAUUAAAGAGAGUAAAAGUGAGGGGUAUCGAAUUACGAUGGAUGCAAUCCUUCACAAAAUUCCUCAUGAACAUGGGUUUUCAAAAGACUUGAAAAAGGAGAUUGCUGACCAUUAUGAAGGUGAUCAGUGUGCUCCUUUUAACCGAAAGGUUGGACAGCGGCAUAUGAGAAGAACGUCAUCUCUCAGUGGUUCAAUAGACAGAUAUCUUCAGUUGUAUGAAUCUAGCUUCAAAAAAGAAACUAAGCAUUAUUCAUUGGACAGAUUAGAAUUGACAAGAGAAGAGGCACCGCUGCCUUGUAAGAGCACCUCUAAAUCCCUGGAAAGAAUAUUUUCCUUACCUGAUCUUAAAUCUUCUUAUUACCCCGGUGAUGGCUCUCCUGAAGCCUUUUCUUCAGGCAUGCAUGUUGAUGGCUCCAAAAGUUUACGUAGUUUAGAUAAUCAUAAGAUAGAUGUUCCUACAGCUUCAGAAGAUCAGUUGCAAUUCGGAAAUUUUGCUGAAGUUGAAACUCUAGAGCAGUUGGAUAUUACUGAGACAAAUUCAGUUAUUGAAGAACAGCUCGGAUCAACAUUUGGUAUGAACAGUGAGGCAAAUACUGAGGUAGGUGAAAAGGGUGACGAUUUGAUCAAAUUGGUAACUGGGGACAAUGGUUCUUAUGAUGACACGGAAGUUGAGCCUGCAAGAAAGCAUAUUUCUGAACCAACAGAAGAAAGUUCUCUUUUGCCCAGCUCCAAUUGUGAAGAGGAUUUUGCAGACUUUUUUGUAUCUGAAGAUUCAGAAUUGAACGCAAGACACCUUGCCAGUGAAGUUGAUUGUUUCCCUGGUCAGCGUCAGGAAUCCAAUAUGGAUGCCUCCAUAGUGCCUGAAAGUGGAGUUGAGUUGAAGAAAACAGUUCCGAUGGAGGAGAUUGACAGCAGAAGUAUGCAUGUUAAUGUAGACGCCAAGGACAAAGCAAAGUUUGAUUACGUUAGAGACGUAUUGGAGCUUUCUGGGUUCAGUGGAAGUGAGUUGCUAGGAACAUGGCACUCCAAUGACCAGCCGGUGGAUCCUUUAUUGUGCGAGGAAGUACCAGGAUGCGUGCUUCUUGAUCCUGACUGUUCUGGAAAUGAAGAAGGGGGUAAUUGUAAUCACUUGCUCCUAUUUAAUCUAAUUAAUGAGGUGUUGAUGGAGAUAUAUGAAAGAUCCUACAGUUACUGUCCCAUGCCCUUGUCUUCCCUUUGCCAUGUUCAUCCUAUGCCGGUAGGAAACCAUGUUCUUAAUCAGGUGUGGACAAGUAUAAGCUGGUACUUGAGUCCAAGACCUGAAGAUGAUCAAUCCUUAGAUUAUGCAGCAAGUAGAGAUCUAGCUAGAGAUGACGAAUGGAUGAACCUAUUCUUCACUUCUAGCUCAGCCGGUAAAGCGCAAGGCUCUUAA